AUGCCGAUCGAUAUUGAAAGACCCGCACCAUCACGUAAACAACCUUUACGUCGUGGUAUUCAUAUAACUGAACAUAAAGAUUAUCGAGUUAAUCCUGAACCAUUAGUUUUACAAGAAGCUGAUUUUUUACUUGAAGAAUUUUUAUCACCAACUAAAUUGAGAGCAUUAACAGGUACUGAUGAUUUAGCAAAUAUUCGUGAAUUAGAAAUGAUUGUCGAUACAUCGGAUACAAGCUUGGGAAAUUUCGGAAUUUAUUUACAAAAAUUAGUUCAACUUAAAUUAAGUAAUAGUGUUAUACCACGAGUUAGAGAUCUUGGUACAUCACUCUCACAUAUACGUAUUCUAUGGAUGGCUCGUUGUUGUCUAAAUGAUCUUGAUGGUAUAACAAGUCUUCAAUCACUUGAGGAACUUUAUGUUGCCUAUAAUGAAAUAUCUGAUUUAAGUGCAUUAAGUAUGCUUGAACAUUUACGAUUACUUGAUCUUGAAAGUAAUCUUGUUGAUGAUUUACGUCAAGUUGAAUUUCUUGCCUUAUGUCCUAGUUUAAAUUCAUUAACCCUCGAAGGCAAUCCGAUUAAUAAUCAUUCUGAUUAUCGUACAGAAAUAAUUCAACGUUUACCUCGACUUCAAACACUUGAUGAUGUACCAACAAAUCGAAUAAACAAAAUUUCAUCAUCAAUACCUGGAGAAGGAACAAUGUUAUUUCAACAAGAUUGGUCUUUAAUUGAAGAAUGUAUUGCUGCAGGUAUGGCACCACCUGAUGAUAAACUAGCAUGUAAUCAAGUCGAUUCUCGACCACGAUCAGCUAAUAAAAGUCCAUUAAAUCGACCAACUUCAGCCGCAUAUUAUCGUCCUCGAUCAGCCGCUCGUUCUGGUUCAGGUGGUAGUAUUCGACCUCCAUCAGCAUCAAUGCGACCAAAUACAGAUCCUGCUAAAUCAGAAUUAUUAGAUAAUAAUGAAGAUGUUGUUAGUGAAUUAACUAUUGGUCCAGCAUUUCAAGGAAAUCUAACAAAAAUAUUACGAGCAAGAAAACAUCAACAAUCUCAUGUAUCCGACAUUUCUCAUGUAAAAACAUCAGAAAAAACAAAAGCACCAUCACCACCAUCAAUAUCAUCUAGUUCUUCAUCAUUACCGAUAUCAAAUCAUCCCUUAAUGAAGGAAAUUAAUGAUUGGAAAAUUGAACAUAAUCGGAAAAUUGAAGAACGUAAAAAACUUCUUGAACCACAAGUAUUACGUAUUGCUGAUGAUGAUGAUUUACUUGAGAAUGAUCUAGAAGUUGAUGAAUCUGAUGAAGAUAAUAAUUAUGAAAAACAAACAAAUUAUUUUCCAGAAGAAGAAACAAUUGUAUCUUCUUCGAAUAAACGUGGUUUCGGGCUUGAUGAAUCAUUUCCACCUGAAAAUCAAAAAUGGCAAUCGACAACUCUAUCUACUCAUAGCCCUGAAAAAUCAGAAAGUCGACUUACUACCGGUGAUACAGGCUAUCGAUCCAAUUCAGCAUUCAGUUUACAUCAUACACAAUCGCGUGCAAGUUCACGAUCAUCAAUAGCUGAUAAUUCUAACUCAACAAUUGAUCGUUAUCGUUCACCAAUGCGUGGUAAUCAUGAACCAGUUCUUGCUGCAACUAAUGUACAUCGUUCUUCACUUUCCUCGACAACUGAACCUCCAUCACCAACUCUUAAAGGGCCUAAAUCAUCUACAAAAAAAUCGCUGAAAGGAUUGCGUAAUGAUCCAUUACCAACACUUCCACGCCUUCCUCCACGCAAAACAUAA